CUGCAUCCUGCCUGCGUUCCGUGGCUCAUGGGGUCAGAGCGAAAUCCCUGGGUAUGGAGCGUCAACCUGGAGGAUUUGCGUGCCAACCCAGCUACCAUCAGAGACGAAAUCAUUGGCUGGAGUGGUAUUGGCUACAAAGCCGUCGCCAAGGUUGGGAACCGGCUUCUGAGUAUAUGGGCUGGCGACCGAAUGGAGUACGCACUUGGAGUCACAGUCAGGGACGAAGCUCGCCCAAAGCAUGCUGGCGGGUUGUACGUGUGCAAAACUGAAGGCGGAGCUUUGCGCCACCGCGUGCCAGCGAGGCGGGGUGGCUUGUUCUUCGCUCCGCGAGUACUUCUACGUUGUCGCUGCGAGGGACCAUUUGUUGAGUAUCCUGGUGGCAAAGUAGCUUGCACUGCACUGACACCUGUGGAAGUGCGGCCUAUGCCCUCGGGCUAUUUGCACUCAGAGGUGGCAUCAGCCUUUCCAGGUGCCCUGCCGCGGCCCAGUGAAAGUCUUCGAGAGGAAACCUCUGCUUUGGAGGCUGAGGUGGCAGAACUGGAACGGCGCUUGGGAUACCGUUGAGCGGCACUGUGCUGCAUAGCCAAUGAACGCCAACGACCUGCCAAAGAGCGGACAAAAAUG